CUCAGGACGAAGAAUGAUGUUGGGGGUGUGAUUCCCUUAUCACAAGUCUAAAGCUAUAGUUCAAUUCAAUCAAUCGAGUUGGGAUUAGGGUUUCUAAUUGGAUGGAGAUGAACUGUGGUAUGGAGUUUUCAAUGGAUCGACGUCCCCGGAAAAGGGCUAAAUUGGCUUGGGAUCUUCCUCAAACCCACUCGAAGGUUCAUUCUGGGAUGUAUUGUGGACAAGAGGUUGCAAAUGUGACAAGCAUCUUUGGAAUGCCGAGGGUACUUCCUGAUCAUGCUGGUCUUUUUGUAAAGGGAGUGGCUGAUAAAGGUUCUCCCCCAUGGCGAGAUGAUGACAAAGAUGGACAUUACAUGUUUGCGCUAGGAGACAAUUUAACUUCUCGGUAUAAGAUCCUCAGGAAAAUUGGUGAAGGGACUUUUGGUCAGGUUUUGGAAUGUUGGGAUAGAGAAAUGAGGGAGCUGGUUGCGGUAAAGGUUGUGCGGAGUAUUAGGAAAUAUCGUGAAGCGGCAAUGUUAGAAGUUGAUGUGCUCCAGUUGCUUGGGAAGUAUGACAGGAGUGGCAGCCGCUGUGUUCAAAUACGGAAUUGGUUUGACUACCGUAACCAUAUUUGUAUUGUAUUUGAGAUGCUUGGACCAAGCUUAUAUGAUUUUCUACGGAAGAACAAUUAUUGCCCAUUUCCGGUUGAUCUUGUCCGUGAGCUAGGCAGACAACUGUUAGAAUGUGUAGCAUUCAUGCAUGAUUUGCGCCUCAUCCACACUGACUUGAAGCCUGAAAAUAUACUUUUUAUUUCCCCAGAAUAUGUAAAAGUUCCUGACUCCAACUCCAAGGUUACAUUCCGGUCUCCAAAAGAGGGAACCACUUAUAAGAGACUGCCAAAGUCAAGUGCUAUUAAGGUUAUUGAUUUUGGUAGUACAGCCUAUGAGCACCAAGAUCACAACUAUAUUGUCUCUACUAGGCAUUAUCGUGCACCUGAGGUUAUUCUUGGUCUUGGGUGGAAUUUUCCUUGUGACAUAUGGAGUGUUGGCUGCAUUUUGGUUGAGUUGUGCUCGGGAGAAGCUUUGUUUCAGACGCAUGAGAAUUUAGAGCACCUAGCCAUGAUGGAGAGGGUUUUAGGCCCAAUACCUCAGCACAUGUUGAAAAGAGCAGACCGGCAAGCACAGAAGUAUGUCAGAAGGGGUAGACUGAACUGGCCGGAAGGAGCAGUCUCUCGAGAAAGCAUCAAGGCUGUCUUGAAACUACCUCGUCUUCCUAAUCUGGUGAUGCAGCACGUGGAUCACUCUGCUGGGGAUCUUCUUGAUCUCUUGCAGGGUCUGCUUAGGUUUGACCCCUCAAGUAGGCUGAAGGCUCAUGAAGCCCUCAGGCAUCCCUUCUUGACUGGGGAACAUUACCAAAGAUUUUAAGAUAGGAUCAGUCUACGUUGUCCCGUGAAUGGAUUAGUCCAUUACCACUGAUGUUUGCAUGGUUGUGGUGUUUUCGGCUAUACUGAACUAAAAUGUGCUGUAAGGGUUCUCUUUUCGUGGUUUAGUGCCAAGUAUAAGAGGGGUUCAUUUCCCCUUUUGAUUUCCCCAGCGUUUGUAGAUAAAUUCAUUGUCUGGAGGAUGUUUAUCCGUCUCCAAUUUUGUACCAUCAAAAUGUAAUUACUAGCAUUUCACUUUUGAAAUUAUUCGUUACAUUUGAUUAAGAUGGUCACAAAACUAUUGGGAGUAUUAUCCUGAGUAUAGUAGACUUUCUAUUUUAUGAGAUAUGGUGUC